AUGUCCUACGAUAUAGAAGACGGUGCUCCCACCACCCUUAGCCUCUCCUCAAUAAACAGCACCAGCACCUCUCCCUCUCAAUCCCUCAUCCCUAGUUCAGCCUCCCCCCAUGCUCACUUCUCAAUGAGCACGUAUCAAUUCCCCGACUCACCCGCACUCGGACCCGUUCCCGCAGUCAUUAAAUCCUCCAACGGGAAUCUCUUCUGGGCCGACGAAUCCUGUGCUCGUCGCGUGGGACUCACCUGCAACGAAGCUCGUCUCUUCCUGCAAUUGCAAUCCGGUAAUUACAAUUACUCGGACUAUUCUCCCAUGUUCCAUGCUUUUGGAGAGGAGAAGAAGAAUCUCCAGCGCAAACUCGGGGAAUUGAAAUGGUGGCAGGUGGAACGGAGAAAGGAGUGGGAGAAGAGAGUAGAGUGGUUGAGGAAGAUGGAGGAACCGAGACUUUGGUUGCUUUAUUUGAUGGCGAGGAAAAGGAGGAUUUUGUGGGUGGCUUGUAGAAGGGUUCUGGAUAGGUUAAGAUAUAAGAGGGAGGAAAGGGAGGAAAGGGAGGAAAGGAAGAGGAAUUCUCAAAUAGGGAUUGAGACUUUGGAAGAAUCUACUACGGGGGAAAAUUCAAGUUCAUUGGAUUCCGAAGACACGCAAUCGGAUGAUAGCGAGCAAUCGGUAACCGAACUAACUACAGACACACUCACCCAUCUGGUUCCCGCCCAUCAAUCUACCUCUCAACCAGCAAGCACACAUUCUCACGAAUCCUCCACCCACUCUCAUUCUCAUUCCUGCUUACACAAACUCACCAGCAAAAUGAGACAACCCGAGAAGUCUCACCCCGACCCAUCCUCCAAUUCCUGUCCAAUCUUUGAUCGUCCCUUAUCCGCUACUACCUCCUCCCUCCAAGCCCUCACCACCCUCCUCCUCCCCCCUCAAUCCCCCUACCUAGUCCUCGGCUACUUCCCCACCUCCUCCCUCGAUCCCCACGAAACCUACAUCUCCCUCUCCGACCCCCGUACUCUCUUCUCCUCUCUCCAUCACGCGGAGCGCUCUCUCCGGGGCGCUCGACGCUUUUUCUCCCUCAAAUCGCUCGCGGGCUUUGGUCUGUAUAAAUGCGAUAUUGAGCGCGGUGCGCACAUGAAGAUUGGGCUGAAGGAAGAGGAGAAAGUGGUGUUGAGGAAGUUUUAUGCGGCGUACAAGGUGAAGAGGAGGAGUAUCCCGUGGUUUGGGAGGGGAGAGUGGGAUGAGGAUGUUGGGAGGGCGUGGUUGGGGUGGGUGGAGAAGAGUUUGAAUGAGGGGGGUCAUAGGAAGGAUGGGAAGGGGGAGAGUGCAGAGAGGGCUAAAGGACCGUUGGAGGGGAGGUGGAGUUUGGAGUUGGUAUAUGAUUGGUGUCCAUAUCGACUCAGCGCCGUAGUCAUCACCCCGCUACUUCUCAGUCUCAUAGUAGGAACUUGGUUCAUGGCAGUAACCGGUGAUGUAAUCACAGCUUGGACAUUGGCUUUGUAUAUUGUGACGGCGGCUGCGGCUAUCGUUGCACUAUUGGGUAUUAUUGGGAGUUUGAAGGAUGUUUAA